AGUGUCAGUGAUCGGACAAGCGUUAAUAUUGGAUUGGACGAGAUAUCACAAAGAAUUGAAAACAAUUCAUUGCCAACAACUUAUAUCGAACAAAACCCACAUAACUACGAUGAGGAGAAUAAAUAUAGUAGUGGAGAAUAUGAAGAUGAGGCAAAAGAAAAAAAUGAAUAUGAUUUCAUUAUCGUUGGGGCUGGAUCAGCAGGUUGUGUGUUAGCAAAUAGAUUAUCAGAAGAAGAACAAUGGCGGAUACUCUUGAUAGAAGCUGGAUCCGAGGAACCGGAUAUAACAAUGGUACCAUCACUAUAUAAAGCAUUAAAAGGAUCUUCGUUGGAUUGGAACUAUAGCACUCAACCGGAAGAAAAGAGUUGCAGAUCCAUGAAAGGACAUAUGUGUGAUUUUACUCGUGGCAAAAGCAUGGGAGGUUCGAGCGCUGUAAACACCCUUGUGUAUAUGAGAGGCAAUAGACGUGAUUAUGACCAUUGGGAGGAAAUAGGCAACUACGGAUGGGGCUAUGAUAAGCUCUUGCCUUACUUUAGAAAAUCUGAAAAUAAUAAAGCUGUUGAAGGACUUGAUACGUAUCUUCACGGAACAGGUGGACCCAUCACAGUAGAGAGAUAUCCUUAUUACGAUGAUAAUAGUUUUAUGCUUCUUGAAUCUUUUAAGGAAUCUAAUGUCCCAGAAAUAGAUUUAACUGCAGAAGAUAAUAUUGGUGUCAAUAUAGCUCUAUCAACUUCUAAAGAUGGAAGAAGAGUAUCAGAAAAUGUGGCUUACAUCAAGCCUAUUCGUGAUAUAAGAAAGAAUCUUGAUAUUAUAACAAACGCUUUUGUGACCAAAUUAAUUAUAGACCACGAAACAAAAACGGUUUUAGGUGUUACGUAUGAGAAAGGUGGCAAAUCCUACAAUGUUUAUGCUAAAAAGGAAGUAAUAUCUAGUGGUGGAACUGUCAAUUCCCCAAAAUUAUUGAUGUUAUCUGGUAUUGGGCCUAGGGAGCAAUUAGAGAGUUUGAAUAUAUCGGUUGUUGCUGACUUAUCUGUUGGUCAUAAUUUACAAGACCACGUUACUGCGAACGGUUUUAUUAUUUCUCUGUCAAAUAAAACUGCCACCAACGUUAGUUCUGAGCAAUUAUUAGAAGAGGUGCAACGGUACCAUGACCAGGAACCGAAAAAGUAUGGACCAUUGGCAACUACAAAUGUUGCUGGUACUACUGCGUUUAUAAAAACUAUGUACUCUCUUGAAAAUGCACCAGAUAUACAAUUUAUUUUUGAAGGUAUUAAUAAUAUUGCGGAGUUUUAUUCUGAUCCUCAAGCUUAUUUAAUGAGUGACAGUUUUACUGCUGCUUUUUAUGAUGGACUUUCUUGUAAACCUCUUUUAAUAAAACCACGAAGUAGAGGUAUUAUUUUGCUUAACAAUAACGAUCCCGUUCACGGGAACCCUUUGAUUUAUCAGCGUUUCUUUACUGAUAAGGAAGAUAUAGAUGUUCUUAUAGAAGGUUUUAAGUUUGCUUUAAGUUUAGAAGAAACUGAAGCAUUUAAAAAAAAUGGAGCGCGUUUUGUAAGAGUUCCUAUAAAAAACUGUGAAAAUCAUGAGUGGGGAUCCAAUGAUUAUUUUGUAUGUUUACUUACUGAGUAUACUACUACUAUUUAUCAUCCGGUUGGGACUUGUAAAAUGGGGCCUUCGUCGGAUAAAGACGCAGUUGUCGAUCCUAGAUUACGGGUGUACGGUGUCAAACGAUUAAGAGUUGUUGAUGCAUCUGUAAUGCCGUUUAUACCAAGAGGCAAUAUAAAUAUACCAACAGUAACAAUAGCAGAAUAUAUAUCGGAUCUAAUCAAAUCUGAAUAUAAGCAAUAAUAGCUAUAUAAAUAUAUAUUGGUUACAUUUUUGGUACAAACUUUUUCUGAUAUUUUACUUUUCAGAAGUCAAUACCGGGAUAAGAAUGAUAGUUUUGAUUUUAUUAUUGUUGGUUCAGUUUAAAAGUUUCAAUCAUAUAUAUAAUUUUGAUAAGUAUUCCAAUAAAUUAGUAAGUUUCUUUGAUGCAAUUAUUAAUAGUAUUAUUGUUAUUAUUUAUUUACUAAUAUGUAUGUGUGUUGUAUAAGCAUAUGUGUUUUUAAGUAAUAAAACUUAUUUUAAUAAUAAAACUUAAAGUGUGACCCAUAAUAGUUUAUGAAUAAAAAAACCUUACAAUAUAUCUUUGUAGAAGUCUUAUUCUGCAACACUAUUCAGUUGUGUUUUUGAUCAAAGGUCAUUGAACUGAUCAGUGUUUACUAUCCAUUAUAAUCAUAGCAUGAUAACUAUGACAAUCGUUUUUAUAUGCCCAUUUAAAGGGUUUUAAAGAGAGUGUUGUUAACAAUGUAGCUCACAAUACUAUUGUUAACUCCACCUUAGAGUUAUUUCAUGUCUGAAACAUGGUGGACAUAUUAUUACUGAAAAGUAUUGUAUGUAUGAAGAAUUUGUAAUAACAUGAAUCAGCAAGCUUAUUCUUGAUGGAUAACAAAACAUCGACAAGCAAUAUAUUGUUUAUAGUCACUGAAAAUAAAUAAUAUUGUAAAUAUACUGAAUACCUUUUAUUGACGUAAUUAAUAACAAUGGAUGGCUAAAAUUAUCAGUUGUCACCUGCAUAGCCACGUAGCCAACUCUGAAAGUGCAGUCACAACAAUGAGUGUCAGUUGGUAUAAAUAGAGGCGAGGAUAUAGAUUUAAAACAUUCUCACUCGAACCGUUGCAGUGCUCGGAUCUCUUCAAAAUAAAGAAUUCAUUAAACCGUCUAUCAGGUAAUGUCCAAUAGCCUGAGCACCUGACUAUAAUCGAGAAGCAAGGCUCUUAAAAAAACAAUGAAGUAAUAAUAUCUCCAACAUAUACUGUACCAAAAUACCUCUAAUAAUUAUAUUGGAUAUUGUGUUUAUUUUAUCACUAUUAA